AGUCUUCGCCAUUUAUACCAAGAAAUUUGACGCUACCAACGACGAUGAAGCGGCAUGAUACAACGAAGCAGAGAGUUCUUACUGAAGUCCCAACUGUAGUUGACCCCAGUCGUUUUGAAUCAAAAAAGGCAAGGUUAGAUAGUACAUCAUCAAAUUCCUUACCGGAAUCUCGUGUUCUCCACAUUCGUGGCUUACCAUCCGAUGUGAAUGAACUAGAAGUUUCAACGUUAUCUAUACCAUUUGGCUCAAUCGCCAAUAUAAUACUAACAAGAAAAAAUGGUCAAGUAUGUUUUAUUGGGUUUAACGCUUUUCAUAAACUACCGUUUCAUUUCAAACAUACUAGUUGCUUAAUAAGAGGCAGUCAUAACAUUUAGUCCAACUUGUACGUUCGUCUCUAUUCUUUCAAGAUAUGUUGAAUUGUACUAUUCAUUUUCUCAUGAUUAUCAGAGCGUUACGCUUAUCCAUUUUAUUUAUAAAAUAAGAAUGAACUGCGCUAAAUUUAUCAAAAGCGUAUUCAUAUGAAGUUCCAACGAUCAGAGUGCGAUGUUUCUGAGAAAAAUGAAUCAAAAGGCAAUUUUUGAGCCAUUGAUAGUUAGCUGUCUACACGAUGUACGUUAUUCUACAUUGCAUGUUGUCUUAUCUUUAGGAAAGAAAACAAACGAAUAAUAACUAGUCUGGAGGGUUAAUGGAAAUCACUUUUUUCUAAUGGUUCCUAAUCGAAUAUUCAUCAUUUUACUUCAUGAAACUCCAUACAUACUGUCAUCAUUAGUUAAGAAUUACUCUCUCAACAGUUAUAACGGCUAUUUUAUACAGAUUAUUGUUCAUUACAUCUUGUUUCUUUUUAAUAAUACGAACUACUUGUUAUUUAAGUAGUUAGUUUCACUUUGAAAGGCGAUAUGAAAGUGAAUGGAUGAUAUAAAGUAACAAGUGAUAAGAAGCAUAUAUAAUAGAUACUUAACUAAUUAUUGAUCCAUAUAAAGAUGUGUUUUUACUGAAAUGUCUUCCUUUUUAGUAACUUCUUGAAAUUAAUUUCCCAUUCCAAUUUUUCACUGUUCAAAUAAAACGAUAUGUGUCAAAGCUUGGAAGUGAUAUUUUUGGGAAUUCCGCGCUCAAAUGGUAACAGUUUGAUUGGAUUGUCAAUUGUAAAGUCUUAAAAUAAUCGUUAUGAAUAAGGCAGAUUACACAUUCAUUAUUCUAUAGUCAAAUAGUUACUGACCAAGUUUUAUCAUAAUGACUGCCGUGCCACCCUCACACAACAUAAUUUUAGGAUGUACUACAGAAAAGUUUCACCGAAAGCUUAUAUUGAUGUUAUGACCGCUGAAUGAGUUGAAUCUAUUAAAUAAGUAUUGAUCUUACCUAAUAUGUUUCCAAUGACCUGUUAAUGUGAGGAAAUUGUUUUAUUCCAUCAGUAAAGAUAUUCAGUAAAACUAAAAUAUUGUUUCCUCUAUUAUGCAAAUACCUCAGCUACAAUCUAAUUUUCUUAACCUCCAACCUUAUUAUUACAGGCUUUAAUUGAAAUGGAUACUUUGGAGUCAGCAGAAUCUAUGUUUGGCUACUAUACAGCCAUAUGUCCUCCGGUUUUACGUGGAAAGUAUCCCCUAGAAGUGCAGUUUAGUAAAUAUUCUUCUCUCACUAACGCAAUGACUAAUAAUGCUGCUACAUCUGCUGUCGAGGAAGCUAAUAAACAGUUUGUAACGUUUCAAUGCGAAAAUGAAGAUUCUCCUAAAACUGUUCUGCAUAUUCACAUCGAAAAGUUACACGGUUCCAUGGAAAUCGGUUAUCUUCCAUUCUUUAUGGCUUUUAAACCGUUCGGACAAAUUCUACGUGUGAUAUCAUUCAAGAAAAACGACUCACGUCAUGCAUUUUUAGAAUACAGCAAUACUAUAUCAGCUCAUGUUGCUAAAUUACAAAUGAAUGGUGUACCGUUAUUUCCUAUGGAGAGUAAUUUUAACAUUCUUCGUACUGAAUUUUCAAGGCAACCAACUUUAGAAAUUCACCGAGAAGAUAAUAGUUGUAGAGAUUUUAUUCAAAAUCCAUGGAACGAAUCAGAUGAGUUGAAUCAUAAUCACAUAUCAUCAAGUGUAGUAAAUGGGACCAAAAAUUUCCACGCUUUUCUUCCUUCUGUCAAAGAUGAAUGGGAUGAUUUUAGUGAAGAAAAAUUAUCAACUAUGGAUCCAGUAUUUUUAAGUGUUUUGGCUAAUCGACUUAUCAAACCGUUAUUGAAAGUAGCCGCAAGUAUAUCUGGUCCACAAGCUAAUCUGUUGAGGGCACAAGCAACAACACUGUCUAGUCUUACCUCUCUGAUAUCUGAAAAUAGAAAUCAUGAUUCAUUACCUUGGCCUUUGAUUCCAAAUCUACCGGCUAAAGAAACUUCUCAUCUUACAGGACAUUCAGUUCCUUUCUCACCGGUUGCUUUUGUAUCGAAUUUAAAUACUGAGAAAGUCAAUCCGGAUACAUUGUUCAUACUUUUUGGUGUUUACGGGGAUGUGCAACGUGUAAAAAUCCUGCACAAUAAAAGAAGCACCGCCCUGGUUCAAUUCACAGAUGCUAAUCAAGCACUUCGAGCUGUGAAUUUUUUAAACGGUGUCCCAUUGUAUGGUAAAACCAUACAUUGUGUUCUUUCGAAAAAUUCAACUGUUACCAUGCCACACACCAGUUUACAAAAUCCUACAUCUGACGGUGAAAAUGACAUAAAAACUACAUGUGAUUAUACUGGGCAUAAAUUGCAUAGAUUUAAACGUGUCAACUCUCGUAAUCAUUUCAAUAUAUGCGCUCCAUCCAAAGUAUUACAUGUUACCAAUUUACCGGACUCAAUCGAUGACGACAGUUUAAAAAGUGUAUUUGAAAAUGGUACCGAUUAUCAUGUCACACGAAUCAAAUCUUUCAAAGCUGAUAAGAAAAUGGCUUUAAUAGAAUUUGCAAAUUUAGAAGAAGCAGUUUCAGCAUUAAUUACAAUGCAUGAUUAUCCCAUAGAAGAGAAUAUGCGUAUUCGUGUCAGUUUCAGUAAAUCUGCUUUAUAAAAUGUCGUGAAUAAAAAGUCAAAGAAAAUAUAAUUAUGAACAAUGUUAUUCGGAUACAAACAUUUCACAUAUAUCUCCAUUAAUUCGCUUUGCUUUAUAUGUAUGUGUUUUCUUAUUAUUAUUUCUUCAUUUCCUCUAAUCGUUUACUAUUAAUUCUAGUUGGUUUCUCACUUUUAAAUUAUCUUGUUUAUUCCUUCAACUUAAAUUUAACGGAUUCAUGAGUUUAGUUAAAAUAAAAUAAUAAAUGUAUUUUCGAUCAAUU